CAACCAACAAACUGAACCAAACCAAACACACAUUAAAAAAAAAAUGAGAACCAAGCCCAAUCCAGACCCUUUCUCUUUGUUUAGUUGUCUACUCUUCUUCUUCUUCUUCCAUGUCAAUUCCCAGCUCCCACCAAACAUCACAGGCUACACUUGCUCCCCAAACCAAACCACUUAUCCGUGCCAAACCUACGUUUCUUAUCGACCCAACGCACCCGAUUUCCUCGACCUCGCUUCCAUUGCUGAUCUUUUCAAUCUCAGUCGUUUAAUGAUAUCCGAACCAAGCAGUAUUUCCACCCCAUCAGCUCCUCUCAUUCCUAACCAGCUCCUCUUCGCCCCCAUAUCAUGUGCUUGCAACUCCAUUAACGAUACCGUGGGUAGUCUUUCAGCUGCUAAACUCACUUACACCAUCCAAAGAGGCGACACUUUUUAUCGAGUAUCGAGUUUGAAUUUCCAGAACCUCACCACUUACCAAUCCGUCGAAGCUUUCAAUCCUAACGCCGUUCCUACUCAGCUCAAUAUUGGCGAUCGGAUUGUUUUUCCGAUCUUCUGCAAGUGUCCUAACGAAACCCAGAUCCGAAACGGUGUGAAUUACCUCGUUACUUAUGUGUUCCAGCCGUUUGAUAAUUUGUCUGUCGUUGCUUCGAGGUUUGGGGUUCGAACACAGGACAUAAUUGAUAUCAAUGGCGAUAACAUUCAGCUCUCCGAUACUAUAUUCAUCCCUGUGAAUCGUUUACCUGUUUUGACUCAACCUGAGCCAGCCCCUGCAGGUUCUCCUGGAGGAACUGAGAGGACAGGUGUCAUUGUUGGACUGUCCGUCGGGUUAGGAAUUUGUGGGAUUUUGAUGAUUUUGUUCCUUUUCGUGUUGGUUUAUAGAGAGGUUUUAUCUAACAAGAGAGCUAAGGAGAAGGAUGAAGAGAAUCAGAGGUUGAAGAUGAACAAGCCUGGGAUGGGGUUGAAGGGAGUUGAAGCUGAUUUAAUGGCGGAUGUAUCAGAUUGCUUGGAUAAGUAUAGAGUUUUCAAGGUUGAUGAGCUUAAAGAAGCCACUGAUUUCUUCAGUGACAGUUGCUUGAUUCAGGGAUCUGUUUAUAAAGGUUCCAUUGAUGGAGAUGCCUAUGCAAUCAAGAAGAUGAAAUGGAAUGCAUGUGAAGAGCUUAAGAUCUUACAAAAGGUAAACCAUGGAAAUCUAGUGAAGUUAGAGGGCUUCUGCAUUGAUCCUGAAGACACAAAUUGCUAUCUGGUCUACGAGUUCAUCGAAAACGGCUCGCUUUUCUCUUGGCUUCACGAAAACGAGAACGAAAAAUUGAACUGGAAAACGAGGUUAAGAAUUGCAGUCGAUGUUGCCAACGGUCUGCAAUACAUCCAUGAACAUACAAGGCCUAGAGUGGUACAUAAAGACAUCAAAACCAGCAACAUUCUCUUGGACUCCAGCAUGAGGGCCAAGAUCGCCAACUUUGGGCUAGCGAAAUCCGGCUGCAAUGCCAUAACGAUGCAUAUUGUCGGCACCCAAGGAUACAUCGCGCCGGAAUAUCUCGCGGAUGGGGUGGUCUCGACGAGGAUGGACAUUUUCUCCUUUGGGGUGGUUUUACUCGAGCUUGUAUCGGGCAGGGAAGCCAUUGAUGACGAAGGGAAGCUUUUAUGGGCAAGUGUUGAAGGAAUUUUGGAUGGGAAUGAGGAGAGGAAGGUGAGGAAAGUGAAGGAAUUUAUGGAUGGAAGUUUACUGGAGCAGAGUUUAUCAAUGGAGGGUGUGAUGAAUGUUAUGGCCGUCGCUGUUUCUUGUCUGAAUAAAGAUCCGACUAAACGUCCUAGCAUGGUCGAUAUAGUUUAUACAUUGUGUAAGAGUGAUGAUUUUAUUUUCGACGAAUCCGAGGAUAAUCUAUCGGCUCCUCCGGUUGUUGCGAGGUAAACUAUUGCUCAUACUCGAGUCAGGAAUCUUGCCGGAACUCUCGUCUUGAAUUCGGAAAACAUAGGUAGUAGUUAACUAGUGAUAAUACUUGUAGCAUGCCAGAGAUAUUUGUUCAGCUUGUAUGAGGGUUGGUCUCCUCCAAUUUACUUG